AGAAAGCUUUCGAAGCAUUCGACCAGGAGAAGAAAGGUUGUAUCGGUACUGUCAUGGUUGGCACAAUCCUCGGCAUGCUGGGGCACCAGGUGUCCGACGAAAGUCUUCAAGAAAUCAUUACCGAGGUGGAUGUCGAUGGUUCCGGUGAAUUAGAGUUUGAAGAGUUUGUAACAUUAGCAUCACGGUUCAUGGUGGAAGAAGACGCGGAGGCAAUGCAACAGGAAUUAAAAGAAGCAUUCCGUUUAUAUGAUAAAGAAGGUAACGGAUACAUCACAACUACAGUAUUACGAGAAAUCCUAAGAGAAUUAGAUGAUAAAAUCAGCGCAGAAGAAUUGGAUAUGAUGAUUGAAGAAAUUGAUUCCGAUGGUUCUGGCACAGUUGACUUUGAUGAAUUCAUGGAAGUGAUGACAGGAGGAGAUGACUAAAAUAUAAGCAAAAAUUUAAAUGUCUAUUAAAACAUCAAAAAUAUCGUUCCU